AUGGCUGGGCGGCCGUGGGGCGCGCCGGGCGGGACCUCCAAGGGCAACUGCAGCGCGCUGCUCAACGCCUCGCAGCCGGCGCCGGGCGGUGGGGAGGGGGCGCGGACGCGCCCCUCGUGGCUGGUCUCGGCUCUCGCGCUCAUCCUCAUCUUCACCAUCGUGGUGGACGUCCUGGGCAAUCUCCUGGUCAUCCUGUCCGUGUACCGGAACAAGAAGCUGAGGAACGCAGGAAAUAUAUUUGUGGUGAGCCUGGCAGUUGCUGACCUGCUGGUGGCUGUGUAUCCGUACCCCUUGGUGCUGAUGUCAAUAUUUAACAAUGGGUGGCACCUGGGCCAUCUGCAUUGCCAACUUAGUGGUUUCCUGAUGGGCUUGAGUGUCAUUGGCUCCAUAUUCAAUAUCGCGGGAAUUGCCAUCAACCGCUAUUGCUACAUCUGCCACAGUCUCAAAUACGACAGGUGGUACAGCAACAGGAAUUCCCUCUGCUGCGUGUUCCUGAUAUGGGUGUUGACACUUGUGGCGAUCGUACCCAACUUGUGUAUGGGAACCCUGCAGUAUGACCCGAGGAUCUAUUCCUGUACGUUUGCACAGUCCGUCAGUUCUGCAUACACCAUAGCGGUGGUGGUUUUCCAUUUCCUAGUUCCUAUGGUCAUUGUCAUCUUCUGUUACCUAAGAAUCUGGGUCCUGGUUCUUCAGAUCAGAUGGCGGGCGAAACCGGAAAAUAACCCCAGACUGAAACCACAGGACUUCAGGAAUUUCGUCACCAUGUUUGUGGUUUUUGUACUUUUCGCCAUUUGCUGGGCUCCUCUAAACUUCAUUGGUCUCGCUGUGGCCUCGGACCCUGCCAGCAUGGCACCCAGGAUCCCAGAGUGGCUGUUUGUGGCCAGUUACUAUAUGGCUUAUUUCAACAGCUGCCUCAACGCAAUUAUAUAUGGAUUAUUGAACCAAAAUUUCAGGCAGGAAUACAGAAGAAUUAUAGUCUCCGUCUGUACAGCCAGCAUGUUCUUUGUGGAAGAUAGAAUUAAAUGCAGACCGUCUCCAUUAAUGACCAACUGUAAGCGCAUAAAGGUGGACUCUGUUUAAAAAGCAUUACUGGCAAAUGCGCCUGCUGCUCAAUGUCUUCAUCACUUUCAUGUUUGCUCAGUCUUGACAGAUGCCUAGAAAAAACAAUGUGGAUGAGAAAAUUUCUACUCCUAAGAGAUUGCCUCUGUCAUUUCUGAGCUAAUAUGCUGUCAGCCUUUUCAACUAGUCUCUAAUUCUACUUAUCAAGAGAAAUACAGAGCAUAGAGUGAGCUAUGUGUUCGUUGAAAAAUACGGUUCAGGGAGUGGGGCGGGGUAAUUUUAAAUAAAAGUUCUGAAUGUAUUCAAGAGGAGAAAGAGUGUGCAAAAUUUUAUGGCCGGCAAGUGCCACAAAGGCAGCGAUUGCUUUUUUCCUCCACUUUCUGAAUAUUUCUAGUAGAAAAACAAAUGAUGUGCUUUAUUUAGAGUACAUGGAUUAAAAAGAGGAACAUAAGAUGAGCAAUGGUGAACAGUUGGCAGUAAAUCAGGGAAUAACUCAACAACCACAACCAUCACCACAAAGUCUUCAAUUGGCAGUGUUGUCACUGGGUACCUGAUCAUGGAUGUUUGUCACCCUCUAUUAAAAGCUGCACAUUCAACUAGAUAAAGAACUAACUAUAUGACAGGGCUCUUUUUCAGAUGUCAAUAACUAGUAUUUUAAAGCAAUAGUUACAUAGAAGACUCUGUUCAACUUUGUUAUGCAUUUGGCUUCUUAUUUCAUCACUGAUUGUCAUUAUUAUUCAUGUCACUGACCAGCUGUUUUGAACUGAUCUCUAUUAAUUUAUUGUCAUUUAAUCAGUUAAAGAAUCAAAGGGCUAAAGAUUCUUCCCUAUAUGUGCUAAGUGUGAUAAAUUUGUUCUAGAUUUAUAAUCUAUUGGGGCAAGUAAAUAGCUAAACCAGAAAUUUUUCUUUUAUUUUGAAACAAUAUUCUGCAAUAAUUUAUUUCAGUAUUUCAUUGCCCUAAUAAUACUGAAAGUCUAGAAGAAAAAAAUCAUGUGUAAACUGUGGUAUCAUAAACUAUGGCUCUAGUUUACCCCAAAUAGCUAUUUGUUUUUAUUUAUUUAUUUAUUUGUCUUUUUUAGGGCUGUGUUAGUGACAUAUGGAGGUUCCCAG